UUUGCGUCAGGCGAAUGGUCGCGCGGCCGAUCCGGUUCCCGCCAUCUGCCCCUUCAGGAAACUAAGGGGAAGCCGGCGCGUGGGGAGGCGAAGGAGAGACCCCCGCACCCCGCGAAGGGAGAGGGCGGCGAGGCGAGGUCAGACCGAGAGCGGUCUGUGGAGAAGGUGAACUGGGGGGGGGAAAGGGAAGCGGCAGUCUGCGCCUCUUUCAUCCUUUUCCCCCUUCUACUUCUCCUCGGCCUUGUGUUUUAAAAACGAAGUUUCAUUAUUUUCAUAAACUGUUUGGAUGAAAACAUGACUUCUCUGAAGGUACAUGGAACUAUUCGCGUGCGCAGCAUACGUACUGGGACUACAAAAUGGAGAGAAGGGUCAUUUGAAAUCGUGGAUAAGGAUAACAAAGUGUCUCUGGUGGUUCACUACAAUGCUGGAGGAAUUCCAAAUACAUUUCAGCUAAACCAUAAUAUUAAAAAUGUGGUUGUACGGACAAAUAGGGAGAAACUGUGUUACUUGAUGAUAACACUAAAGGAUUCCAGUUUCUUGACAGUGGAUAAAAUACCAUCCAAAGAGGCAAAUGAAAUCAAGCUGUAUCUGGAGGCUGUUCAAAACAGGGUUCAUGCAGCUGUGAAAUGCACCCAAGGAUCUGGCAGUUUUGGAGGUGUGCUGGGCAGCAGAAUUACACAGAAAGAUUCCAACAGGCAGUUCCCAUACAUUGAAAACCAGACACCUUCAAAGAAAGGGCUUAUAGAAAAUAAAGAUGAAACUCCACUUCGUAAGGUCUUGAGCAGCCCAGGAAGAACCGCUAUUAAGAAUUCUCCAGGAACUGAAAUGUCUGGCAAUAGGGUUAACAUUUCAGCUGCUUCUACUGCUUCAGCACCUCACAGAACAGGGUUAUUGGAAAACCGUGAAAGGAGGAAAAGGACAUCAUCUAAUUUAGAGAUUAAUGAAGAUUACCCUAAAGAAAAUGAUUCAUCAACUAAUAACAAAGCAGUGACUGAUCCAGCACGGAAGUUUUUAUAUAGCAGCAGGGAAAAGCAGCUGAACUUGAAACAGAUGGAGGAGAACAGGACAUCAGGGAUUUUGCCUCUACAGUCGUCCUCAUUUUAUGGUAGCAGGUCCUUAUCAAAGGACUAUUCAGCUGGCAAUUCUAAUCUGGACAGAUCUAAUUCAUUGAAUCAGGCUCCUUCUGCCAAAAGAAGUUUGGGGUUUCUCUCUCAGCCAGCCCCUCUCUCUGUUAAAAAGAUGAGAUCUAAUCAGGAUUACAUGGGAUGGAACAAGCCACGAGUUCCUCUUUCCACUCACCCACAACAGCAGCUGCAAGGAUUUACAAACUUAGGAAAUACUUGUUAUAUGAAUGCUAUCUUACAAUCUCUGUUUUCAAUUCAUUCGUUGGCUAACGAUCUUUUGAAGCAAAGUAUCCCAUGGAGAAAAAUUCCAUCAAAUGCACUUAUCAGACGCUUUACCCAUCUGCUUGCCAAAAAGGAUGUUUAUAGCCCUGAAGUAAAGAAAGAUCUGCUUAAGAAGGUGAAAAAUGCAAUUUCAGCUACUGCAGAGAGAUUCUCUGGUUACAUGCAAAAUGAUGCCCAUGAAUUCUUAAGUCAGUGCUUGGAUCAGUUGAAAGAGGACAUGGAGAAGGUGAACAAAACUUGUAAGAGUGAGCCAGUUUCUGGUGAAGAUAGCUCAGUAGGACGCACAUCUGAUGACUUAUCAGCCACAAGAGUUUAUACGUGUCCAAUUAUUACUAACUUAGAGUUUGAGGUUCAGCAUUCUAUCAUAUGUAAAAUGUGUGGUGAAACAGUCACCAAACGAGAACAGUUUAAUGAUCUUUCCAUUGACUUGCCACGAAGAAAAAAACUUCUUCCAUCUCGAUCAAUCCAAGAUUCCUUGGAUCUCUUUUUCAGGGCAGAGGAGAUAGAAUAUUCCUGUGAAAAAUGUAAUGGAAAAUCUGCUCUCGUUACACACAAAUUCAGUCGAUUUCCCAGGGUCUUGAUACUUCAUCUGAAACGGUACAGCUUCAAUGUGGCACUCUCCCUCAAUCACAAAGUUGGACAGCAAGUGGUUAUACCAAGAUUUUUAACACUACAGUCUCACUGUACAGAAAGCACAAGGCCUCCACUUAAUCUGGGGUGGAGUGCACAAUCCGCAAUCUCUCGGCCUUUGAAAGUAUCCCAGAUGGUAAAUUCAUGCUCUGUAAGCACUUCUACACCCUGUCGAAAAUAUUUAGUCAAGUUUAAAGGUCCUGUUCUCAACUCUUUGGAUUCAGACAGUGAAGACGAACCUCUAAAGCGUCCUAUUGCAAAUCUCCAAAAACAGUGUGAUUUCCAAAUCAGGGAACAUCCACGAGAGGAACUGGAGAAAAGUUCAAAGAAAAGUAAAACAGAAAGUGAAAAACCUUCAGAGCCAUCUAAUGCUGGAUUUGAUGGGAUGAAUGAGGAUGAGUUACUAGCAGCUGUCUUGGAAAUUAGUAAAAGGGAAGCAUCACUAUCACUGAGCCAUGAUGAAGAGAGGCCUACAAAUAGUCCAGAUACUGGCUUUGGAGAUGACGAAUUACAGGAGUUACCUGAAAAUCUCGAGCCUAUGGAUGUGGAGAAACCCAAAACAGCUACCGAGUCAGGUUUUGCCAACUUUACUGAGACAACUAAAGAUUUUGAUGAGAACAAGGAAAAUAAAACUCCGGAAGGCACUCAGGGGGAAGUUGAAUGGCUGCAGCACUUUGACAUGGAGCGAGAAAGAGAGGAACAGGAGCUACAAGAAGCUUUGGCUCAGAGCCUCCAAGAACAACAGGAGGCGCGGGAACAAAAAGAAGAUGAUGAUCUUAAACGAGCCACUGAAUUAAGUCUACAAGAGUUUAACAGCUCUCUUCUGGACAGUAUUGGCUCUGAUGAGGACUCUGGGAAUGAGGAUGUUCUGGACAUGGAAUAUUCAGAAGCAGAAGCUGAGGAACUCAAAAGAAAUGCUGAGACAGGAGAGCUUCCUAACUCAUAUCGUCUCAUUAGUGUUGUCAGCCAUAUUGGAGACACAUCUUCCUCAGGUCACUAUAUUAGUGAUGUAUAUGACAUCCGCAAACAGGCAUGGUUCACAUAUAAUGAUUUGGAAGUAUCCAGAACUCAAGAAGCUUCUGUGCAGAGUGAUAGAGACCGGAGUGGCUACAUCUUCUUUUACAUGCACAAGGAGAUAUUUCAUGAGCUGCUGGAAGCGGAAAAGACUAGGAAUAUACAGUCGUCUUGCCUGGAGGUGGGAAAGCCAGUUCGGCAGGCCUUGUGAAGAAUGUCUCCUCCCAAGCACAAAGGAUUCUGAACUUAUGCAGGAGCCAUAAACUCCAGAAACUCAGGGCAUAGCUGAGACAGACUCCUUGGAAUAGGUGGAAUAGAUCAUUCAACACCUUCCUUUUGGACUUCAACCAUGCAUUUAAACUUAUUUUAUCCAGAGUUCCAUUUUUUUGGUUCAAGAAAUAAUGUCAGCAAUUAGCUAGAGGAUUUAACAGCUCCUUCAGAAACUUGUCAUACGAUAGGGGAAUGCGCAGUCUCUUCUCAUACUGUCAUAGGAAAAUGGAGAAGACCCUGUUUUGUGGCUUCCUCACCCUGCUUCAUUCACACAACAGCAAAAUAAGCAAUACUCUGUAACACACAUUUUACCCAUAAUAUUCCUUGGAAAGCUAAAUGAGAUGACCUGGCAUUGGUGAAACAGAUGAACAUGGACCCAUGGAUUUGUAAAUGCAGUGUCAUACAGAUCCAGGAAGCAAACUGUUGGUGCUCUGGAACCCAUUACAUAUGUUGUCCAUCCUUGUUUAAAAGUGUGUGUGUGUUUAACUUAAAAUGUUUUUAUUCUUUUUUUUUUACUGCAUUUUUUCUGCCAUUUGCAGAGCAAUUUUAUUUCUCUCUAUGUGUGCGUGUAUGCGCACGCGCGUGUGUGUGUGUGUGUGUGUGUGUAUACACACACACACACACACACACACACACAUACAUAUAUAUAUAUAAAAAAUCGCUGUGUUUUGGCGAAGAGUGUCCUGAUUGGACUGUGACACAGGCAGCUAACAGAGGAAAAUUCAAGUUCUAGCCUCUGGUAGGCCCUUUUUAAGCAGUGCCCAGGCAGUGCUAAUUAGUAAAUGAAGCACAAACCAUUCUGUUCUGGUCUCUUUCUUUGCCUUGGUCUUCAGCCCUGAAAAAUUGCAUGUGCUCAAAGGGGAUGUCUUUUCCAACUACAGUGCUAUAUUAGGCAAGAGUCACACCAGCAAAUGAAACAUCUGAAGACACGUGACUUCUUUUGUAGCUGUGUGUGGUAAAUAGUUAAAUUAGUUGAAAAUUUUAAAGUGGUUAUUUGACAUUUGCAAGAUAUUUCAGGGCAGAAAUGGUUGAGUUUUGUCAUAUAAAGUGUACUUGGGUAAUAUGAAGCACAUUUUAUAUUUGGCUUUGGUGCAAACUCCCCCCACCAUUACUAUCCAGAUUAAAUUGGUGCUAAUUUCUUGUUCUAGUGCUGGAAAUGAAUUCCAGUUACCUUACAUUCUAUGGCAAUAAAAUUGCUGAAAUUGAGAUGCUUUUUGUUUUGCUCCUAAAUCAGACUUCUCAUUUGAAAACAGUUGUUAAGUGCUGAGGGCGCGGGGUCUUUUUUCUUUGUAUUAGCCGAAUGAAAAUAAAUAUAUAUAGAUAUAGAUA